AAGAUCUGCGUUCCCGACCCGAGAUCCUUUGUAGACUGUUGUGACUAUAAACGUCAAGAAAGUUCGAUUUACGUUCGAUUGUUAUAUAUUAUACUUUUAUUACGUAUUAGGCAAUUUAUGUUUACUCAAACUUUUGUCACUACGACACAGAAUAGGUCUGGCUACUUCCUGGUGAUGACCUUGGUCAAGUGAGCACCUGGAUACUCGGAAGCAAGUCAGAUGGAUGGCAUUCUAACCUCAAAGAAUUCCAUACAAAGAUGCCUAGAUUUAAGCAACCCCAGAAAUACACACAUAUAUUACCAAAUAUUUGUUCAGCUCAAUGCAUCUGUGGAGACGCCAAAUUUGUCAGUAAGUUGAAUGAAGAUGGGAAGAAAAAAGCGAAAGAAGAAUUGAAUGAACUGAAUGAGAAAGACAGAGAAAUCGCUGUACAAACACUUCGAAAAUGGGCGAUAGAGCAGGACUGGCUAAAAACCCCAACAGAUUUUGAUUUCCUUUUACGGUUUAUCAGAGUAAGAAAGUAUAGUCAAUUAGGGGCAAGAGAGACGCUGGAAAACUAUUGGACAAACAAAUCAAAAUUUCCCGAGUGGUUCAAACACAUUGAUCCUGCAGACAAAAAAAUACAGGAAGUUAUAAAAAGCGGUUUGAUGCUCUGUCCGAGAGUAUAUGACAAACAUGGGCGCAGAGUUAUCAUCGGUAGACUUAGUGGCCUUGACAUUAAGAUGUUACUAUCAAAAGAAGGAAUAGACACUUUAUAUAGAGCAAGUAUAAUGAUGUAUGAUUAUCUGUCAUGUGACGAGAAUGUACAGGUACAUGGAUUGGUAGCUAUAUCAGACUACACCGGCAUAUCCAUGGAUUUCUUAAAGGUCUGGAAUCCAGAGAACAAAAAGAAGCUCAUGGGAUAUUUUCAGAAAUCUCUCCCCAUGAGGUUUAAAGGGUUUUAUCUGUACAACCAACCUGUGUUUUUCGACGCCAUGUAUGCUGUUAUUGCACCGUUCAUGCGUCAGAAAUUUAAAGAUAGGAUGCAUUUGCAUGGUAAAAGCCUAGUAAAGAUAUAUGAAGAGGUCGGGAUGGCGGCUUUACCAGACGAAUAUUUACCAGAUGACUACGAUGGACCGUCUGCCGGGUCUGUGAAGCAAAUCACAGAGGAAAUGAUUGAGGAUAUGAUGAAACCAGAGUUCAGAAACUUCAUCAUAGACAGUUCUAGUGGGAAGUACGGAGUAGAUUUGGAGAAAAGGAAAACGGCAGAUAAGCCACCAGAGGCUUCUUUUAGAAAACUUAACGUCGACUGAGAGUAGAAUCAAAGCUUGAUUGUUUUAUUAUGCUUAUGUUGUACUGAAACUUGUCAGUGUUCAUUUUGUGCAUGUGAUUAUUUAGGUAUAGAUCUAACUAAUAGUACUUAAAUAUGGCGUUAGAAACGCGUGUCUUCUCAAUUGUUCCUGUGUCGGAUUUACUGAACAACAAGGUAGGUCAGUACUGCCAGUAUUUCAGUUUUAAAAAUUUACUUAAGAAUUCUUUCCGGAAUUACCGUUCAUAGCUAGAUCUAGACCUAUGGUGUCAUUUUAAAAUAACUUAACAACUUUAGAUCCUGUCUGUAUGAUUCAAAUUAAGACUGUCACAUUUAACAUAACAUUUGUUUCAUUUUAGGAAGAUUGGCCUGUUUACUUAUGAACGCAUUUUAUACAAACUUACUGUUUUGAUAAUAUGUCUAGUCCAAUGUGAAUUUCAACCUUGAGAGUGCAUGCAACAUAUGUUAGAACGCUGUGACGUCAUUGUCAUGGAAUAGUUCAAUAACAUUUCACGAACAUUUCAGCAAACGCAGGACAGAAACUUUCAAAGCGUAUUAGUGAAACUUUACGUAGAAUAUAUAAGCAUGUUUUCAUCCCAUAUGAUUUUUUGAAUUCAUUAAGUCCUUGAUGGUAUAACCUUUUUUAUACAUUUAAUGUUUUAGAAGUUAAUAUUUACAUACAGUUUGAAUGUUUUUAUGUCAUUUAGUCAGACAUCUUCCGCAUUUAAGUCGGGUAAUAUACAUACAACUAAUGUUUUGUACCUGUGUCCGACUUUAAACAAAUUUUGAAUUGUA